CAGCUGUGAUUAAACGCGCAAAAUUUUUGUAUAGUUGGUCGUUCUUUGGCAAAACUAGCUAUUUAUUAUACCUGCUGUUUUAAAUUACUAAUUAUUAACGUAUUAAUUACACGUAAACAAUGCAGUGUUUACAAAAAUAUUGCGGCUCGCCGAACAGAUUGGUGGAACGCGGCCUUGAUUUGCAUCUGCGUGCAAAACGCGCCAAAGAUUGUCUGCGUUGGGGUUCUUUGAAUGUAGUGUUGCUAGCAAUCCUGCUUUUCGACAUAUCUAAUCAGUGUCCAUAUGCGUACUCCAAAUGGUACUAUGUAGAAUAUUUGGCUGCUGCGCUAUCGGGACUUGGAGCAUUUUCAUGCUUCUUAAAGUACUUUCUCUACCUAUUCCAUACAAAUCCGAUAUUGGGUACAAAGGAACAGAAAAACUUACUCAAGUUUGAUGAGUGUGAUUCCUCAUUUGUUGUUACACCACCAGCGCAAAGAAAAAAGCAAUCAUGCGAUGAUUUGGCGCCUAGUCAAAUCAACAACACUCUUCUGAGCUGGCAUUCAUCGUUUAACGACU